AUGAGGAAACCGAUAUUGUCGUACGUAGAACUGUUCUACGACGAGAACGUGAUCUCGUGGAGCAAGCGGCUCUUAAGCUUAUCCGGUCUAUGGCCGGAUAAUCGCAACGACGUCCGAUUUUUCUUCUACAUUACGUACGUCGUGAUCUUCACCUGGCUGGAGAUUGUGACGCUGUUGCAGAAUAUCCACGACCUUGAGAAGACGUUGAAAAACAUCACGCUGUCGUUCCCGACCAUCUUGAUAAUACUGAAGGCAGUGAUGUUUCGGUUGAACAUGCAUCUCGUGCUACCAUUGCUGACGGUCGUGAAAAGGGACGUGGAAAGAGGAUUGUACAGAUCGCAGGAGGAAAGGCGAACGAUCGUUUGGUAUAACGUGGCCGCCACGUUAUUUUCCACCUCGUCGGCCUUGUCGUUGUUCUUCGUGCCCACCUUGUUUUAUUCCAAGCCGAUCGUCAGCUGUGCUUUAUCGAAAUUCGAUAAUUGCACGCUUCCUUACGAGUUGCCGAUGAAAGUGAAAAACAUCUACGAGGUGACGGGAGUACGAUCGUACGUUCUAUUCUGCGUUUACUUGAUACCGACGAGCACGAUGUUAACAAUCGGCGCGACCGGCGCGGACAGUCUCCUGGUGACGUUGACGUUUCACAUCUGUGGCCAACUUUCAAACGUGGCACAUCGUGUCAGGAACAUCGAUGUCGAGCCGCAGAUAUAUUUCCCAGAAAUGAGAGCACUCGUUGAACGACACACCGAACUUUUACGACUAGCAAACAUUUUGGCAGAGGCAUUUAGUUCUUUGAUGUUUAUACAGACCUUAGGAUUAAUAUUCUCUUUGUGCGUCGUGGUCUACCAAUUGCUCACGACGUCCGAAUCUGGAGAAGAUAUGAACACUGUACAUUUUAUAAUCUACUCUUGCGCUGUUAUAUUAUUAGCAUUCUGCUACUGUUUCCUGGGGGAGUGUCUAAUUAACGAGGUAAUCAUCGAAGAAGAGAGAAACGCAGCAGCGAAGUGCAAGCGGCUUGCUAUUUCAUGAACUGGUACGAUCUGCCAGAACAGUAUAUACGAUCUUUGAUAUUUUGCAUUGCUCGAUCGCAAAAGCCAUCGUAUCUUACUGCUGGCAAGUUCUACGUGUUUUCCUUGGAGACGUUCGCCGUUGUAAGUUACUUCUCGAAAUCGAAAUACCACCGGACAUUAUGAAAUCUUUUUCACUAAACUCUCCCUUCGUCGGUAUAUAAUCCACACGUUUCGAUUUAUUUGUAGAUAGUGAAAGCAUCGAUGGCAUAUCUGUCCGUUUUGAAGAGCAUUAUUUGA